GGUCACUGGUCUCCAUAUUCUGUAUAGUCUGUGGCCUGUGUUAUUGUUCUGUGCUUAAUAUAUAUAUAUAAUCAUUUCCGAAAUGACAUAUAAUACAUACAUCUGAUAUAGCUGCUGUGAGGAGUAGUUGUUGUAGAUGGCUCUGCAUAAUAUAUAAUAUUAUAAUACAUAUUUCGUAUUGUGAAAAACGUUAUUAUUCGUAAUCGCUAAUAAUUGUAAUCACCGUAAUUGAUCAACGAAGCGUUCGAGUUUGGUGUACACAUCAUAAUCUAUGGUCUGACUGCAAGUCGAGUAGUCGACACGUCGAGUGGUUAACUUUAACUCGUUGAAGUGUAUGAGAUUCGAGCGCCGACGUUUUUAUCAGUGCUUUUAAUAUUUUAAAUAAUAUUAUACGUGAAAAGACAAUUAUUAUUAGUUAUCGUUUCUAUGGUCGUAGUUAAUAGUAGCUACUGCCUACUGUAAGUAUGCAGUAGUACCUAUGCCCUAUUCAUAAACGCGUCUGUUGGGUGUAAUUAUAGUUAUUUACCUGUCUAAAUGAAAUAUAAUAACUUACCGUUCGUACCGGGUGUUUAGUAUUUAAUACCAAAGCUUCAUUGUUGUCGACAUCGGUCAGGUAUCGGAAAACAAGUAAAGAUGAUGUGGUUAAAGAUAAAAGUACUUUUAUGGAAAAGCUUACAAAUACGAAAAAGAUAUUGGUUGAGAACUAUAAUUGAAACAAUAGUACCGUGUUUGUUAUUUUUUUUAAUCAAUUAUGUAAAGUCAGCAUUUACAGGUGAAAGUGCAACUCAACCAAUAGUUGUAAACCAAACUAUAAAAAGCCCUAUUCCCGAAGAGACUUUAUACCAAAAUUUUAGAGAUAUCCAUUCAUUUGGACAUUUUAUCUAUACUCCGUAUAAUAAUGAAACAAAACAGAUCAUGAACAUGGUACAAAAACAUUUGGAAAUUUCAAACGAUAACAUUGAAAUUGCUAUUAAUGAAGAAGAUAUGUUACGCAUGUUCAAAAAAAGAUACAAUGAAAGUAGUUUUAUUAGUCUUAGUAUUGCGGGAUUUGGAAUUGUUUUUGAAGAAACUAUUAAAUCCCAAGCUUUAUCGUAUAAAAUAAGAAGCUUAAAUGAAUUUUGGUUAACAGAUAAUUUAUUUCCUCCAUAUGAAGUACCAGGACCUAUGGAUUUUGGCGAUGAAUACCUAAAUUAUGGAUUUUUAGCAUUACAGUUGACUAUAGACAAAGCUUUUGUUUUGAUGAGUUCCAACAAUAAAAAUGGUCUUAAUGUAACUGAUUAUAACUUAGAAAUUCAGUCAUACCCUUAUGCAAGUUUCUUAAAGGAUUCCACAUUUCAAGUAGUUUUUAAUUUUUUCUUGCCAAUUUUCACUGUUUUAAGUUUUUUGUUAAUGUGUUCUCAUACAAUUAAAAGAGUUGUUGAAGAAAAGGAUACUGGCGUAAAAGAGUUAAUGAAAAUUAUGGGUCUCAAACCCUGGAUGAUAUGGGCAGGAUGGAUAUUACACAAUGUUUUUUUAUAUGCCAUAUCAAUCACAGUUAUUACUUAUAUUGUUUGUUUUUCAUCAUCUAAUGGUGAACCACAGUUAUUAAAUCAUACAAAUCCAUUACUCUUUUGGAUUUUUUUAAUGAUGUAUAUGAUUGCUGGAGUGUUUUUUUGUUUUGCUAUUAGUAGUUUAUUCAAUCGACCAUUAAUUGCUUUAAUUAUUGGUAGUACCUUAUGGUGUCUCACUUUCACUUUACCCCAAAGCUUCAUCAAACCUACUACAAGCAUUCAAAUUCAAACACUAUUCACAUUAUUACCAAAUUUUGCUGUAUCAAGAGCUUUUAUAGCUAUAUCAUCACUUGAAACUCAAGGAGUAGGUCUUCAAUUCUCUACUUUAUUUACUACUGGAAAAGGUGGUAACAGUUUUUCUGUUGGUUUUAUUUUAUUGAUGUUUGUUAUUGAUAGUUUCCUAUAUGGACUUUUUGCUUGGUAUAUUGACUCGGUCAUGCCUGGAAAAUAUGGUGUUGCAAAACCAUUAAAUUUUUUUUGUAAAUGGCCAAAAAGAAAGACUGAAGAUAAUGUAAUGGUUCCAAUUAUUAAAAGCAACAGUAGGCUUUUUGAAGAACCUCCUAACAAUUGUGAAAUUGGUAUUAGUGUACAAAACCUACAUAAACGUUAUGGAAAUUUUUACGCAGUUAAUGGAGUAAAUUUGGACUUAUAUAAAGGGCAAAUUACGGCUCUUUUAGGCCAUAAUGGAGCGGGAAAAACAACCACGAUGUCAAUUAUUACAGGAUUAUUUUCUCCUACAUAUGGAACUAUAAAUUUUAAUGGAAAUGAUUUAUUCAGUAACAUUGACGAUUUUAGACAAAAUCUUGGUUUAUGUCCUCAACAUAAUUUACUUUUUUCUUAUUUGACUACUCUGGAUCAUUUAAUUUUUUUUGGAAUGCUAAAAGGUUUGCCAUUAAAAACUGCAAAAUCAGAAGGACUACAUUUGCUUAAACUUUUAAAUAUAUUAAAAAAGAAAGAUGAACUAGUUAGUAAACUUUCUGGUGGAAUGAAACGGAAAUUGUCUCUUGCAAUUGCGUUAGUUGGUGAUCCUAAAAUACUAAUAUUAGAUGAACCAACAUCUGGAAUGGAUCCUGAAUCUCGAAGAGAAAUGUGGGAUUUACUCUUGUCUUUUAGAGGAACUAGAACUGUUUUGAUCACAACUCAUUUUAUGGAAGAAGCUGAUGUCCUUGGUGAUAGGAUUGCUAUCAUGGACCAUGGAAAAGUUAAAUGCUAUGGCUCUUCAUUGUUUUUAAAAAAAGCUUAUGGAACUGGUUAUAAUUUGACUAUUGUAAAAGAAGAACCAUGUGAUGAGUCUAUUAUUGUAGAAUCAAUUAAAAAAAUUAUACCUGGAGCAGAAAUUGAAAGCUCAUUGACUGCUCAAGUUGUUAUUAAUUUACCCAAUGACAAUACUGAUCAAUUUCCAGAUGUUUUUAGAAUGCUAGAAUUCAACAGAGAAAGAUUCUCUAUUAAAGGAAUGGGUAUAUCUUGUACAACAAUGGAAGAAGUUUUUCUCAAAGCUGAAAAAGAUAUACAUGAUGAUGAUGAUGUAUCAUCUAUAAGCACACCAGUUGGUGCUGGUACUUACCAGUUGAUUAUUACCAAAGAUGAUGAUUGUAAAGUUGACCAAGUAACCAAUCUAAUUCAACAGUAUGUACCUGAAUUUAUUAUGAUGGCCAAUAUGGAAAUGCAAAUUAUAUUUAAUCUACCAGCUAGAAAAAGAAAUCAAUUUGGUGCCCUAUUUUCUGCUCUUGAAUAUCAAAAACAAAAUUUCCGCUUCAAAAAUGCUAAAAUAACUAAUUCAACUACAGGCGACAUCUAUCCAAAGAUAGAAAAUAAAAAGAACUCUAAAUUGAAUAAUGAUUUUGGUGAUAACAAUAACCAACGUUCACUCGCAACUGGAGAUGAUGGAUUUGAACCAAAACAACCAUCUUAUAAUGAUGUCACACAAACUUUGAUGCCAAAGUAUACAAGUGGAAUAAAUUUAAUGAAAAAUCAGUUUAAAGUAUUGUUGGAAAAAAAAAUUGUUUAUACAUAUAGGAGAUGGGUUUUGUCAUUAUUUUUUGGUAUUGGACCAAUUAUGUUGGGCUUGUUAGUUAUGAAAGCUUCUAAUUAUUUAAUGACUACAAAUGAAACUUCUCAAGGAUUAAAUGUAUCAUUAAGCACCUAUAAAGAUAGUAGUGUGUAUUACCGUGCUGGAGAUAACUCUUCUGAAAAUUUAGAACCAAUAUUUGCAGCUAUUUCUAAAUCAAAUAAAGCUACUGUUAAUGAAACAUCGUCAGCAAGCAAUAUAAUUAAUGAUCUAUUAAAAAUGUGCCAAGAUGAUGUAUUCAAUUACAGAACAAAUCUUAUGAUAGCUGGUGACUUUAACCAAACAAAAUCAACUGUUAUUUACAAUACUAUAGCUAUUCAUACUCCAGGAAUUGCAGUAAAUCUUUAUUCUAAUGCUCUAUUACAAAAGUUGUCUGGAAAUAAUGGUUCAUAUAUUUCAACUGUUAAUGAACCGAUUCGUUUAAAUAAUGUGAAUAUAUGUGAUGAAGGACUAGGAUUGCAACUAGUAUUUGUUUGGAUGGCUACUUUUGCCCCUGGUUUAUUAUAUUUAAUAGGAUAUUUUAUAGCAUUACCAUUAAAUGAAAGAGUUAGUGGUAUUAAACACUUACAAAUAAUGACGAAACUUUCACCGAUCAUGUAUUGGAUUGCUUGUUUUGUUUGGGACUAUUUUUGUUACUUAAUUGUGGCUAUAUCAGCAUUGAUUGGUAUAUACUUAAUGGAUACAAACGGAUUAUUUUCGAAUAUAAAUGAAUUAGGUGCUCUAUUCACAAUACUACUUAUUUAUGGAUGGACUGCAAUAUUCUACGCAUAUGUUUAUAGCUACUUUCAAAAAACCUUAGUCAAUUCCAUGUUAUUGUUCAUUUCAAUUAAUUAUAUAAUAGGAAUGUUCUUAAAUGUUGGGCUUUUUUCUUUGAAAGACUUAAUUAGAUACCGUAAUAGUAUAAAUCCCUUUAACACAUUAAAUAUAAUAAGGAUAAUUUCUUUAAUUUUUCCACAUUUUGCAUAUUCAGCAUGUAUAGCAGGAUUUAUUGAAAUAGCGUGGGAAAACAAUAUGUGUAAAAUAUGCAAAUCAUCUUUUACAGUUGAAAAAUGUAAAAAUUCUAUUUAUACUGAACGUAAAAGUUAUUUUGUUUUCAAAUCCAGUGAAAAUCAGUACGGCAUAUUAGAAGAAACUUUAUUUUUAUUAUUUAGUAGCAUACUGUACAUAAUAAUAAUAUUAUUAAUUGAUUAUAAAGUAUUUCAUCGAUUAUAUCAAUUUGUUUUUAAUAAAAUUAUUGGUACUGGUGAUAGUUAUAAAGAUGUUAACGAAGAUCCAGAUGUUGGUGGUGAAAGAGACAAAGUCGAUGCAGCUAAAACUCAUUUUAAUGAUGCUUCAUCGCCAUUAUUGCUGGUUGAUGACUUGGUUAAAAAGUUUAGUUUUAGAUUUACCGGUGUCAGAGGUGUAAGUUUUGCCGUUUCACCUGGUGAAUGUUUUGGUUUACUUGGUGUGAAUGGGGCAGGUAAAACAACUACAUUCCGAAUUUUAACUGGUGAUACAUUUCCUUCAAAAGGUGAUGCUUCUAUUCUGACAGAUAAGUUGUACAAACUCAGCUCUAACAUAAAUCAGUAUGUUUCUAUGAUUGGUUAUUGUCCUCAAUUUGAUGCAAUAAAUGACCAACUUACUGGAAGAGAAAGCUUAAAAUUAAUGGCAAUUUUAAGAGGAAUACCGCCAACAAACACUAAAAAACAUGUUGAUAAAUGGAUUAAACUUUUAGGUCUUGACGAAUAUAAAGAUCGAGUAUGUGGAAACUAUAGCGGUGGUAAUAAAAGAAAACUAAACACUGCAAUGGCAUUGAUUGGAGAUCCUCCUGUUGUAUUUUUGGAUGAACCCACUAGUGGAGUAGACCCUGUAGCAAGACGUAAUUUAUGGCAGCUAUUAGCUGCUAGUCAAAGAGGUGGACAAGCUGUUGUACUUACAUCACAUAGUAUGGAUGAAUGUGAAGCACUUUGCAACCGUUUGACAAUAAUGGUAGACGGUGUGAUGAAAUGUAUUGGUAAUAUACAAUAUUUGAAAAAUCGGUAUGGACAAGGAUAUACAAUAAUGAUAAAAUUAAGUUAUAUUGAAAAUUUCAAUGUUACUGAACUAAAAUCUGAUAUAGAACGUCAGUUUAAUCCUGACAUCAAUUUAAAAGACGAACAUAAAGGUUUACUGCAUUAUCAUAUUACUAAUCCAAAUAUACCACUGUCAGAGAUAUUUGGUCAGAUGAAAGUAAUUAAAGAAAAUUAUAGGGCAAUUGAAGACUAUACUAUUAGUGACACAACUCUUGAACAAGUAUUCAUUGCUUUUGCAAAAAAACAGGCGGUUUUAAAUGUAACAAAAUAAGGUCAUGUUAAUUGUUUAUAUUACUUAUAUAAUAUACAUUUUUAAUAAUUCAAAUUUAGUUCUCAUAUUAUUUUUAUUUUAAUAUUAUGCAUAGAGUUCCUCGACUUUCAAAAUAAAAUUGAUUUAUUAAGUCUAAAAAAUUGUAUUUUUACUAUUAUUAAAAUAUUUAAAUAAGAAUAGUAAUACUUGUUUGUUAUAAUUAAAUAUAUUUAACAUUCGAAGAGGCUAGUGAUAAAAUAUGUUGGAUAAUCCUGUUAUUGAAUGUAAAUAAUGGUGAUUAUAAAACUAUUUUUAUUCUUGAAGUUUUUCAUUUUAAUUUUAAUCUGAUUACUUAAACAUUUAUAGUAUAUUUUAUUAUUUACUAAUACUUUAAACUGUAUUUAUAAUAACCUUAAAUAAUUAUAAUAUAAAAAUUGUGCUUUUCACCACACUCGAUGUGGUCAUGGUGGCUUAAAUAUUUUAUUGAAGAUGUAUAUUUUACUUAUAAACAUUAAAAUAUAUGAAUUCUUUAACUAUUAUGGUAAAGUGAAGAAAAAUACUAAAAUUGUUAUUUGUCUAUGUUUAUAAUUUUGCACUAUUUGAUAUCUAAGCUAUUGUAUAACAUUUUAUUAUAUCUAUCAAUAAAUAUUUUUAAAGA